GCUCGCCGGCGCGGCCCGGUGGUGCGGGUCGUCCGUUAGUUACCGCGCGACUCUCGCCCCGAGCGCAUGUGUUUGUUCUCCGUGCUCAGCAUGCUGCACGACGCCUGGCCCUCUUCCUGGGACAAGGCCUUCUCUAUCGACUUGGAAACACUCAUAGCUGAGAUCAACAACAACUGUAUGAAAGAAGGCGCGGCGGAGUGCGGCUACGCCCCCGGGGCCGGAGGCGGGCUGUCGCCGGCGGCGCGCAGCUACCAGGAGCUGCGGCCCGCACACGCGCGCGACAUGCAGCCCUACGCGCACCUCGACGACGCGCUCUUCAAGCCGCCGACCCCGGGCGCCGCCUCCACCGACGGCGUCUACCUGCGCCGGAGUCCCGAGCUCAGCCCCUCGCCGGAGCGCCGCGACGACUACCGCCCGCCGGCGCCCCUCCACUACGAGCACUACGCGCCGCCGCCUCCCUACUCGCACGACCAUCACCACCACCUCGAGCAAGGCGGAGGCGGCAACGGCGCGGCGAGCAGCGUGUACACGCGGUGCGCCUUCAACAGCGCCGCGCCAUACUUCACCAACGGAGCCGACCUCUCCGCCCAGCCGCAGCUCUGGACCGCGUCCGGAGGGUCUCCGAGCUACGGCAGCAACGCGAUGCUGGCGGACGAAUACGCCGAGAGCGCCGCGGAGGGCGGGGGGUCCCUGCCGUCUUUCAACACGCGGUUCGGCGGCGCCUUCGCCUGCGCCACCUCGCGGCCCUCCACCGUCUACGGAGCGCCAGCUCUGGCCUCCAACGCGUACGCACACCAGGAGGGGUGGAGCCUGGAGAGCAACCGCCGGCCGCAGCUCUCCGCAGCCGACCGACUCUCUGCAAUCGAGUUGGCGGAGUUUUUCACUGAGGGGCGCGAGUGCGUGAACUGCGGGGCGAUCCACACGCCGCUGUGGCGCCGCGACGGCACCGGCCACUACCUGUGCAACGCGUGCGGCCUCUACAACAAGAUGAACGGCAUGAACCGGCCGCUGAAGCAGCCCCGGCGGCUGGUACGUCAGCGCCACGCCGCACUCGCUGCGCCUCCACAUGAUAUGGGCGCCAAAAGACCGGGCACGAUGUGCACCAACUGCCAGACCACGGCGACGUCCCUGUGGCGCCGCAACGUGCAGGGCGAGACGGUCUGCAACGCGUGCGGCCUCUACUUCAAGCUGCACAACGUCAACCGACCUCUCACCAUGAAGAAGGACUCCAUUCAGACGAGAAAACGGAAACCAAAGAACAGUAAUAUUAAGGCUGACAGAAGCGCUAAGGCAGUACAGCGAGCCGUCUCCGCGGGCAUCAAGAUGGAGAGCAUAUUGGAGUCGGCGCGCCGCUCUCCGCCGCGCCUGGGCUACUACGUGCAGUCGGCGGAGGGCAUGAAGCUGGAGGAGCCGCAGCACCACGUCAUGUACAUCGGAGUGCCGGAGCUGGGCCCGCACAAGGCCGCGCCGCACCACGACCACUCCGCCGUGUCGCUCGCCAGCUGAGCCUCGCGACCAACUCCAAACAUCAUCAUAAUAAUUAGUACGUUUGUUGUGUAUAUUUGUACGUGCGUGAUAGAGCUCCCUCGCUCGGACCGCCGCUCGCCGCCCGCCGCCCGCCGCCCAAAUACACGUUCACUAGACAUGAUUACAUUUAGCCUAAAAUCUAUAUAUUAAUGAAAUAUGAAUAUACAUAGGUGUACACUCGUAUUAUAACGUUACUGUAACAUAAUAAUAACAAUAAGUUUGCGCGGGGAGCGGCGGCUGGUCGGGCGACGCUAAAUGUUGUUUUAAUGAAAGGUUCGAUUAGGGUCCUGUUACUUGUUACCGAUAUCAUUAAACCUAUGAGACUGUGCAUUAACCAUUCCUAACGUGCAUUCCUAAAUAGAUAGCUAUUUAAAUAAAUAUAUACAAUUUUAAUUAGAUUUAAGACGUUUUAAAACCCGCUGUUGUAGUAGAUUCGGUCUUCACUUUCAAGUGGUGAUGACUUGUAUGAACUCCAUGACUUGCAGAAACAUUCCAUGAAUCGAUUCAAUUAGCUCGUAGAACUCGUACGAGCAUGCACUCGCACUCGCACUCGCACUGGCACUGGCACUCGCACUCGCGCGCAGCGUCCCUCGCCGUGCAGUGUCGCAUCGUGUACUCGUAUCCGUUAUCAUAAUACCUAUUUGAUUAGAUGUGUUUUUUUAUGAUUGUAUUUUCAAAAUUGUCUUAUUUACCACGCUCUCUAAUUACCAUUAAGUAAGUAACAUACAAACAAACAAACAAACUACUCAAUAUAUAAUAUUGAAGCCAUCAUUGUAUUGAUAUUGUUCUGUUAUUAUAUUAUCAAUAUGUGUACGGUAAGCUACACGACAUGUUUAAAUACAAUACUUUUUAAUUAUUAUUAUCAUAUUUUAUAUAUUUAGAGACUAUGCAUUUAAAAUUAUAUUAAUAUAAUUAUUUCCUCUCUUAACCAAGGUGGACCGAAUUAUUAAUAUUACCCAAGUUUCUCACUAAGUGCCUUAGUUAUACUUUUUAGAGAAUAAAUUAAAACAUAAUAUUAUGUCAUUUUGUACCAAAUGUUGGACUCGGAUAAGAUAAUAUGUUCUUCGCGUUCUGCUGGUGAUUGAGAUGAAAUUGUUCCACACUGUUUACUCUUAAAAUUUUAUACGAUAGAUGCAUUUAAAUUAUGAUCACCGCAACAGAUUUAUAUGUUAUGUUAUGUUAAAUAGAUUCUGAGACACGGACGCGCAAAGAUAUAUUUAAUUUUAAUGAAGUCGUAGGUUUAUUUAAAGAAGCUUCGCCAAAUAGUAGGUACGUGUAGGCUGUGGACGCCCGCGCCGCCGCGCCGUAGGGACGACUCGAGUCUACGUCGAUCGCGAUCUGUACAUAUUAGUUAAGGUGUCAAAGUACAUUCUAUUAAAGUUCUAUUA